AUUAAUUCCCUUAGUUUUAUUUCUGGUGGUGAACUAGACUUUGGGACAGUAAUCGUAUAUCGUGAACGCGUGUUGUGUGUUUUUGAGUUACAGAAAAAUAAUUUAGUUAUUUCAAAUUGAAUAUCAGUUUUUAGUUUUAGUUGCCGGGGUUGACGCACUUAAUACAAAAGUCGUUUUGAAUCGAGUUCGAGUUCUAGAACAACCAUAGACAUUAGUCGUGGAGUGUUUGCUUCUGGUUUUUAUUUGGUCUAUUUUAAUUUGACAUUUUCAAGGAUUCGGAAUACGAAAAAAAGGAGUCCCAACGAUGUUAUCUGAACUACCAGAGUUACCAAUCCUCAAAAUCGGUGAUUUUGAGUUGACUUUUGAGUUAAACGAACUGUCAGAAAACGGCCGCCAAAUAGCUGAAAAAGAAUUAAGAGAAACUCCAGAAAUUAAAAAGAAGGCCAUUGAGGAUUUGAAAAACUUAUUAGAACAAGAAACCGAUUUCACAUAUCCAAAAGAUAAUGAAGAAUAUUUGAUCAGAUUUCUCAGACCUUGUAAAUUUUAUCCAGAAAGUGCCAGAGACUUGAUCAAACGCUAUUAUGCGUUUAAAGUAAAACAUAAUGACAUUUAUGAUAAUUUAGUCCCAAGUCGCGAAGAGAACAUUUUCAAAUCAAAUGUUCUAACCGUGUUUCCUAAUCGAGAUCAAUGCGGCAGGAGAAUCUUACUUUUGGAGCUUGGAAAGAAAUGGAAGCACAAGGAAGUUUCUCUAGAUGAGGUCUUCAAGGGAUGUGUUCUGUUCCUCGAAGCAGCAAUGCUCGAACCAGAAACACAGGUCGCCGGUGCAAUUGUCAUUUUCGAUAUGGACGGCUUGAGCAUGUCACAAACCUGGCAAUUCACACCACCAUUUGCCAAGAGGAUUGUAGACUGGUUACAAGACUCUGUGCCUUUACGUGUGAAAGCAAUUCACAUUGUCAACCAACCAAAAAUCUUCAAUCUAGUCUUUGCCCUAUUCAAGCCAUUCUUCAGGGAGAAACUCCGUUCCCGUAUCUAUUUCCAUGGAACCGAUCGGGAGUCAUUGCACAAGCACAUUUCAACUAAAUGUCUACCACCAGCUUAUAAUGGUAUUCUAGAACAACAACCCGUCGAAGCUAUUCAAUGGUAUCAGUUGAUGAAACUUUGCGAAAAAGAAUAUGUUGCAAUCAAUUCAUAUGGUUAUAAGAAGAAGUAGUAUAUCCAAAAUAUAGAAACUCUUAAAUGUAGAAUUUUUAUAAUUAGAUAAUUAAUUUGCUAAGCAUGUGUAACGCGGUGCUGUGUGUUAAACAAUUAUUUGUUAAUUUAUUUCUUUUUUUUUUAACUUUUAAAUCACCUUUUGUUUUUCUUUGUUAAACGAUGAUAAGCAUGUAAAAUACUCAAAAUGAGCAAAAAUAUAUAAUUUACAAAAAAAACUAAAAAUGGCCAAUGGGGUAUUUAAAUGUAUAGUGACGUUUUUAUAUUAUAUUUUUAUAGUUAAAUAUAUAAUGUUCUCUAUACAAAUUUAAAAAAAAAAUUACUUAAAACGCACAAAACAUUUUUGUUUAAAAGAAAAAUAUAAUUUUAAGUAAGUUCUUUGUUAAACAACAAUAUUGUUGAUUUUUUAUAAAAAAAAAUAAUAAACAAAAGGAAAAUACAGAAA